AUGGGAUAUAAUAAAAAUGCUUCUAUUUUAUGUUCCCUAAUACAUUAUGCUUUUAAUAAACAAAAAUCAAGAAUCCUAGAGAGUAUUCUUCAGCUGAUAAAUACCUUUAAGAAACAAACAAUUUACACUGAAUUUGCAAAGUUAAUCAAAUAAAUCAAAUUUGAUAAGAACCCUGUGUAGAAAUUCUUUUAAAAUCUCUUUCUGAUAGACCAGAAGAAUGAAAUUGCUGGAAAAAUACUUUUCGAUUGUUGCAAAAGUAAAGAUUGGUUGGAUGGUGGUUAAAUAUCAUACGAUCAAAUAGCAAACUACUUUUAGAUGAAGAUUUCUAUUCAAAAUUGCAAUGAAGUUUAUGGAAUCAAAUUCAAAGAAACUAUCGAUCUGAUGGUUGAUGCUAAUCAAAAAUUCUAUUUUCUCAUCUCAGAACCAAUCAUUAAAAUCAUAGAAAAAAAUUCAUGUCCUUAAUGCAAAAUAAAAUCUGAAUUUAUUUUAUUGACUUGCAAUCAUAAACAAUGUUAUAAAUGUUUACUAAAGAAACCUUAAACCGAAAAUAUCAAAUGCGCUUCUUGUGGGAAAUUAUCUAAUAAAAAACAUAUUUUACAUUGCCUUUAAAAUUUGGAAAAGGUGAAAGAGUAAAAUGAAAUCAACAAACUUUUGUUAAAAUAUUAUGAUAGUGCAAAUUCACAAGUUGUACAGGUUGAUCAACAAUUAUCAUUAGAUAGAAGUGGAAGGCAUCAUGCAAACCAAGAUAUUGAACAAAAGAUUGCACCUACAGUAGAACCUCUAUAUGAAUGUAGUUUAUGUUCAAAAAAGUCUUAUAAUUAAUUUCUUAUCUUAGAUGACUGCAAACAUCAAUUUUGUUAUUAUUGUACGCAUUAAUAUAAAAUACAAAAAGAGUGUCCCUUAUAAAACUGUAUUAAAAAAAUGGAGUAAAAUUAAUUGUAAACUUGUUUAAAUAAAAAUAAUCCACAAAAUAAAGACUAGUCAAUUAUUAAUUAAAACAUUAAAGAAAUCAAUUAAAAUCCAUCCAAUCCUAAAGUAGCAGAACAAUGCUCUAGAUGCUCUAACAUAUAUAAAUCUAAAUUAUUUGAAGUAAAAAAAUGUAAUCAUAAAUUUUGUAUAUCAUGUCUAUCAAACAUUGAGAUGAAAUAUGAAACAUCCUUGUGUUUAAAAUCUAUAUGUUAAUCAACAUUUACAAAGUAGGAAUAUAAAAUGUACUUUAAGUCUGUAUAGCAAACUUCAAAUUCAGAAGUGCUUUAAAUGCAAAGAGCUCUUCCCUCCUAAAACUACUCAUACUUUGUCUGUGAAAGUUGUAAAUAUAAAAGAAGUGAAGAUCAAAAAUACAUAUUAAACUGUGGUCAUCCUGUUUGUAAUGCAUGUAUCAUUUAAAAUGUUUAAUUCAAAACGACUUGUUGUUAUUUAGCAUCUUUGGAUUCUGACUAUAAGCAAUUUCGGAAAAAUCAAGCUAUGAAUUGCAAAGGUUGCCAAUUCCCUUAUCCAAUAAAAGAAUUGUUUUAAUUGAAUUGUAAACAUGAAUUUUGUUUAAGUUGCUGUUAAAAAAUAUAUUUGGGAAGGCCCCCAAGAUGUUUGGAAAAAAAAUGUGACAGACUAAUAGUUUUGGUAGAUGACUUGUAUAAUUUUAUUUUGAGUAAAAAAAUAGAGUAAAGUAAAGAAAUUGCAGACAAAGAAGAGCAGAAAAAAAACGAGGAGAAAGAGGAACAAGAUUAGGAUUAAAAGUUGGAGAAAAAAGAAAAUAAGCAAAUAAAAGAAGAACCAAAGUAGAUUGAUAACAGCCUACGAUUAAGUAUUCUAAGCUAAAAAACGAAAACCAUAGAGGAAUAAGAAUCUCUUACACUACAAAAAUCUGUCAUCAAUUUAAAGGAAAAUAAAAUUAAUGAAUAAAAGAAGGAAGAAUUAAAGUUACCAUCAACAAAACAGUAAGAGGGUGUUACUCCCAAUGGUUAGAAUUCGGUUCAAAAUGAUGAUUAAAGAAAAUAGGAAAUUUACGAAUUUGAAGAUGAUAUUUAUGGGUCAGAUUCAAAUUUUGAGGAGGAAAUAAUCAUUUAUUAAUAGAUCUAAGACAUUAAAUCUGCUUAAGAAAGAGAAAACGAAGUUUUUACAGGAAGUUGUACAAAUUGUAAUUCAGAAUUUUCUCCAUUUAAUAAAAAAUAAUUGAUUGAUUGCAAAUCACAUUAAAUUGGAGCUUGUUGCAUUCUAAACACUUUUAUAAAUUGUCCCCAAUGCGAAUAAACUUCAUCCAAUACAAAACGUAUUAAAUAGAAGCUGAUACUGCCUUGCAAUCCUGUAGAAGAAGAAAGUGUAUUUGAAUCAACUAUCUUAAAGCCUUCUUUAGGUAGUUACUAUCCUCAAUCAUUUCAGUAAACCUAUAAGGGAUAUAGUGAUCAAUUAUAAAAAUUCGAGAGAUAUAGGAAUACUUAACAUUCGGCAAUUAAAAGAAAUGUGACAACUGAUACUGUCAAUAAAAGGAUUUAAGAUAAUCAAUAAGUUUUGGAGGACAAAUCUAAAUAUAAAAAUGAAUUGGCAAUUCAGAAUGAAUUGACUUUAUUAAGAUCUUCUCCACCCUAUGUAUAGCAAUCAUACUACCCAUAUCGAUAUGAUAAACUUCAGUAUGGAGAAUAUGAUCAUAGAAACAGAUUGGAAUUAUAUAGCAGAGACUUUAAUUUAAACUCAAAAAUAACAACAGGAUAUUCAGGGAGGUUGUAUUGA